AUGGCGUGAGGCAUCAUGUGACAUGUCGUCUUUCAGGUUUCUCUCUGCCUGCAACCUGCAAUAGCAUCAGUUUUCAUCUUUUUUAACGUAGAAAUGAAUAUGAAUUCAAUAAAGAUAUUAAAAAUGAUCGAGAGUAAUGGCAAAUAAAUUGUCACAAUUCGCUGGAUUUUCAUUAUUCGCGCUCUUUAACCUACAUUUCUCUUGUCGAGGCAUACUUUGGAGGUUACGUUAGGUCGGAUUACAGUUCAAGAUGAUCGGGGCUGGGGAUUAAGGUUGAGCUAGUUUCUGUAUUUCAAUUCUACCGUCACGUGUGCGUCGGCGUUUAAUAAUCCAGCUAAUUCAUUCCCGAUUUGCAUCGCAUCGCCCGCUUGACAUAAUGCUAGAGCAGUAUCGACAGUUAAUUAGGCUACUGAACAAACAAGCGAAGAGACACGUGGUGCUUCACAACGCGAAGGGGAUCGUAGAGAAUGCCGCGGAGAAGGCGCAGAGCAAGCUCGCCAGCGCGCAGAACAUUGCAACCGAAAAAUACAACGUCGUUACGAAAAAACUUAAUGACCAGGCUGUCAUAAUUCAAGAUUUAAGUGCCAAGGCGUUGGAAGCAAGUGCGCCAUUGCCGCCGUUGCCAGGAAAAAUCGUUAAAUGGUGGCAAUGGUACAAUCAGUUGAUAGGCAUGGACACAGUUGAAGCAGCCAGAAGACGAGUGAUUGUCCUCCAGGAUAAGCUGUUCGAGUGUCAGGACAGCAGGAGAAUUCUGAAUAAAGAGCUGACAGAUAUCACGUACAAGCUGCAAGAUAUCUAUGCGGAAUUGGUGCAAACGAGGCGAGAUGAUCCCAAGUAUGUGCAAUUAACGAUAGUGGAGCAUCAGUCUUUGCAGGAGCAGAAGAAAGUCAUUAAUCAGCUGGCGUUGUCCGAGAAAGACGAGAGGGACAAUUUUACACAGCUCGCGACCGCGAUAAAGGACUAUCACGUUAGCCAAAACUUAAAUGCGCAGAAGUACAAGUAUUUAUCUAUUAUCGCUUCGGCCGUAUUGGCGAUCGUAUCGUUGAUCGGUUCGAUGAUACUUAAUAACAGGAGGAUACUAGAUGUACGAAACACCAUAGAGAUAGCGCAGGAGAAGAACGAAUCGUUGUUUCAGACGAGCACGAACCAGCUAUCUGAUCUUAAAAAAAUGUUGCAGUCAUUCGAUACCAAGUUAGCAAAUAUCGAUAAGAAACAAAACGGAAACGCGGUAGAUUUAACCAAAGAAAGCAAUCAAUCCAAUACGUCGAUAUCCAACAUUUUCGUGUCUUCUGCCAAGUAUUCAGCAAAUUUGUUGAUUUCAGGAACGAGUUAUAUCAAGAGAGGUAUUUAUGCGUGCGGAUCGUACAUUUUUUAUAAAUAACUAUAUAUAUCGUUAAAAAUUCAUGAUUGUUUGAAUAUACAAGUCAAAUUUAUGCAAGUGUUUCUUUUUUUCUGACAUGUAAUGAAGCUAAGUUUUUUACAGUCGGUAAUAUAUGGAUAUAUAUAUAUUAGAACUUGAGAAUGUUAUAAAAAAAUUACUAUUGAUAAAAAUGUUAAGAGUGAAACACAGCUUUUUUUCGUGAUGAAAACUGUGCUUGCUGUACACUUGCCAGGCACAAAGAGCUCCCUAUUUUUUAUAACUUAUGUACAUAAAUGUGUUAAGAGCAUUUUUGUUUUCACUGGGAUACUAUUGUAUUAUAACGUUGUAUAAUUAGCUGUAAAUUAUAAAUCUCGUUAAAUCGAAAUGUUACACAAAAAUCGUAUUAUAAGCAAACUAUAGUAAUUUUAUAUAUUUCGUACAAAAAAAUAUAAUUUUUAAAGGGAAAAGUUAUCAUAUUACGAAAAAAGUAAAUCAAUAAAUGUCAAUAUAUGUAUAUAUCUUCUUAGAAUAAUAAAAUACAUGUUAUACAGA